AAGCUCCAUUUUCACAAUAUGUUUUCACUUUCUGUUCUGGUGUUGAGUGCAUUGCUCCCAGCCCUGUCUGCAACACAGCAACUUCGCUCAGAUCCUGGUGUUGCCGGCCCACCACUUGAGCUCGUCCAUCUCUACAACAAUCAAUGGCCUACCGGUAUCACCGUCUCAAAAGCCGGUCGCAAAUUCGCAAAUUACCCAUCCGGUCUCGAUCCCAACAACACAAACACCGGCACCAACCAAAAAUACGCCGUCCAAGAGAUCCUAUCCAAUGGCACUGAAAUCCCCUACCCCGGCGCCGACAUCAACAAUCCGCCAGGCGGCGCCAUAAACUACACCAUAACUCCCCCGAACGGCGCAAACUACGCAACCCAUCUCCUUGGCGUCCAAAGCGUCGUCCUCGACCCGCUUGACCGUCUCUGGAUCCUCGAUACAGGCCGUUCCCUAACCACCUCCGGAACGCUCGUCCCCGCCUCCCCAGGCGGUCCCAAACUAAUUGGCGUUGACAUCUCCAGCAACACUGUCAUUCAAACCAUCGUUUUCCCACCUACAGUGGCAUACCCAGAUUCCUACCUCAACGACGUACGCUUCGACCUCCGUCCCUCCGUCACCGCAUCCGGAAAAGGAGUAGCCUACAUCACAGAUUCUUCUUCCGAAGGCCGCAACGGCAUCAUCAUUGUUGACCUGGGUACGGGGGAGAGCUGGCGUCACCUUGACGGCACACGCGCCGUACGCUCUGAACCCGGUUUCGUACCCUAUGUAUGGGGUCAACCGCUUUACUACAUUCCCGGCCCUGGGCUGCCACUUACUACCGUGCCGUUGGGGUCUGAUGGCAUUGCGUUGAGUGCGGAUGGAGAAACGCUGUUCUUUGGGCCGAUAGGCAGUCGUAUGUUGUACAGCGUUCCGACAGUGAGAAUCCGCGAUAGGAGUGCAAACUCUGAGUUAUUGGCACGCGCGGCUGUGAAUGAGAGGGGGGAGAGGGGCGUGAGUGAUGGGUUUGAGACGGAUAGCAAUGGUUUGAUUUAUGCGGCGAAUAUGGAACAGAAUCUUAUUGGGUUUUAUGAUCCCAAGAAUGGGGGUAUGGGGGUGCUAGUUAGGGAUCCGAGGUUAAGUUGGGUGGAUACUAUGUCCGUGGCGUCUGAUGGUUACCUUUACUUCAACGAUAAUCAGCUGGCGUUUAGUUCGUCGUUUUACCCCGGCACUGAUCGCAGGGAGAGGCCUUUUGCGUUGUUCAGGGUGGCGCUGCCAAAUAACGGGUCGAGGGUAUUCUUGCAGUAAGAAGAGUGUAGGUUGAGUAUGAUCCAGCAUGUUCACACACUAGGAAGAGGAAUUAGGCAUAUAUGGCUGCUUUCAUAUUACUCCUUCCACUCACAUUACGAAACCAGAAACAGAUUCCAGGUCACAUAUUUGCAUCUUGAACCAUCCGAGUUUCAGAUAACGUUCAAUCCAUAAUACUGCCU